AGAACAGGAGAUGCUUAUUAAAAGCUCCUUGUCAUACAGUAACAUUCAGUGUGUGUGUGGGGGAAGUGUAUUUUUUAAACCUUUGUGAUUUGGCUAAAGCAAAAUGGAUUUUCAUUAGGCCACCCAAUAGCAGAUCUGUGGCCUAGAGUAUAUUUCCCUGCUAAAAGGCAAAUUGUCUCUCUAUCUGUCUAUCUCCAUGCACACACACCCUCUUUCCCUAUACCUCUAUCUAUCUAUCAACUAUUUACAAUUUUACACCAGACUCAACACUCAACGUUGGUAUCAGAAGCAUGGCAGCUGGUCAUACAAUGGGAGCAAAGAAUUUGUUUAGAAUGCAAAAAUGUAUUUUUCCACCCUCUUUGUACUUGAAAUUGUCUGAAGCAUUUUCCUUAAACUUUCUCCCCUAAAUUUGCUUCCAGGCUAAGAUCUAAAUGGAGAAAAUGUAGGGCCUGAAAAGUCUGAGAAAUGCCUUUGAGAGGGGAAAUGUUUGCACAACCUGAACUGUAACACUGGCUUUGUGCUGCAGCUGUAAUAAAUCUUCAUUUUAAUCCAAAUAACAAGGCAUGGAGUACACAGCUAUUUUAGGAAGGGCAAAGAUCACAAAUAAAGUUCCGAUUGAAAGGAAGAUAGUCAUAGUAAAAAAUUCUGACAGUCACCCUGCCAUGAGAAAUGAUUGUUUCAGGUCAUAAGCAAUGAUAUUACCUAUGAUAAAGGUGUAAGGCCGUGAUCCUGUGAUUGGGUUCACACAAGUGAACCAUUGUGCCCAUGUGGAAUCCUGUGGACGCUAAGGGGGUUCCAAAAGGGUCUGCCCACAUUCAUUUGGUUGUCUAAGGCUUUAAAGGCUUGAUCCUGGAUUCAGAGAGCACUGAGGGCACUCAGCUUCCCAAAGGAUCAGACUCUAAAUUGCCAGCUCCCAGCCAAGGCCUGGCCCCUCAGUGGCUACAGGAUGAGUUGUCCUCACCAGACAAAAUGCAAUAGCAUAGUCAUUUAUUAUUAUGCAACAUUUAUUUGUUAAUUGCAACAGCGUGUUUGAUCCUGUACAAGGGUCAAAAAAAAGAUGGUUUCUGCCAUACAGCUCUUGUCAUCUAGGACUGGAUCUUUCAAACUCUUUCUACAGGGCAUAGUGCUUACUCUUUAGGAGCUGUCCCCUUGUCUUUAACAGGACUGCUCAUAGUUCUAAGCACUGUGUCUCAGAUCCUCCAAAGCAUUUAAGUGCUUAAUUUCCAUGGAAACCAAUGGGAGUUAGGUGCCUAAAUUCCUUGGAGGAUCUGGGUCUAUGCCCACUAGUAAGUGUUUCAAGAGUAGGACUUAAAAGACAGGCACAGCAAAGGUUAGACAUACUGGGGAACCCAGAAGAUGGAAAUAUCGUUGCCAAGUAUGGCGCUCAGUUCCGAGGGAACUCGCAGCAUGACGCCUUGGAGUUCCUACUCUGGUUGCUGGACAGAAUGCACGAGGAUCUGGGCUCCUCGUCACCCAACCAGAAAGCUAGGACAGCGGGCAAGCCCCAGCCCAGUCUCGACGAGAGCUGUGGCUCUGGCAGCACCCAGCCAGCUGCCCAGCCUCCCAGCAGACAGAGCUUUGUAAAGAACCACUUCCAAGCACAGUACAGGUCCUCCUUGACCUGCCCACACUGUCUGAAGCAGAGUAACACCUUUGACCCCUUCCUGUGUGUCUCAUUACCCAUCCCCCUGCGCCAGACCAGGCCCUUGAAUGUCACCUUAGUCUUCCAGUCCAAGAGCCAGCGGUUCCUGCGGAUAGGCUUAGCAGUGCCCCUCUUCAGCACCGUGGUGACCCUCAGGGCAAUGGUGGCAGAAGAAGGCAAAAUCGCCCCCAAUCAGGUGAUCCUGGUGGAGCUGUCCCCCAGCGGGUUCCAGCGCUCUUUCCACGACGAGGAGGAUCUGAACGCCAUCGCGGAGGGCGACAGCGUCUAUGCCUUCCAGGCCCCACUGCCCUUCAGCAGAGGCAGCUCAUCCCGGCUCUCAGGCUGCCCCCUCAGCCUUCCAUCUUCCCCCAACUCUUCCGAUCCUGAAGGCCAGCGACUGCCCCAUGCGGGGGCCAUGUCCUCAGAGUUCUUGCACCAUGGUGGAGGCGGGAGAGUGCUGCUUCUGCUCUGUAACACAGCAGGGAUGGAGCAGCAGGCUGCCAGGUUUGGCCCCCCGCUGCUGAUGAGAGAAGACAGAGCCAUCUCUUGGGAGCAGCUCCAGCAGUGUAUCCUCGGCAAGAUGCGCUACCUGAUGAGGAGCGAGGUUCAGGUGCAGGGCGUGGGGGACCUGUUCCGGGUGCGGGUUGCCGGGGGCUCCGUGGCAUGCAGCUACCUCUCCCCUCAGGACAGCAGGCCGCUCUACCACCCCGCUGUCGACAGAGCGCUGCAGUUUGGCGGCCUGGGUGGCCCCCCCCAUGUGAAGCUGGUGGUGGAGUGGGACCUAAAUGCCAAAGAACGUCUGUUUGGCAGCAUCCAGGAGGAGGUGGUGCAGGACACCGAGAGCGUCCGGCUGCAGCAGCAGGCCCAUCAGCAGCAGCACAGCUGCACCCUGGAUGAGUGCUUCCAGCUCUACACCAAGGAGGAGCAGCUGGCCCCCGAUGACGCCUGGAGGUGCCCCCACUGCCAGGUGCUGCAGCAGGGCGUGGUGAAGCUGAGCCUGUGGACGCUGCCCGACAUCCUCAUCAUCCACCUGAAGAGGUUCCGCCAGGUAGGCGAGCGCCGGACCAAGCUCUCCACCUUUGUCCGCUUCCCCCUCCGUGGCCUCAACAUGGCGCCCCACGUGGCCAAGAGGAGCCAGGCCGGGACACAGGCACUGGGCCCACGGGCGACAUGGAAGCAGCUGCCGUACCUCCACGAGAGCUCCCAGCUUGACUCGCUCUACGACCUGUACGCCGUCUGCAACCACCACGGCAGCAUGCAGGGCGGACACUACACUGCCUACUGCAGGAACUCCCUGGACGGCCGCUGGUACAGCUACGAUGACAGCGCUGUAGAGCCGGUCCAGGAGGACGAGGUCAGCACCCGGGGCGCCUACAUCCUCUUCUACCAGCGAAGGAAUGUCAUCCCCAGCUGGUCGGCCAGCAGCUCCGUGCAAGGCUCCACCAGCUCCUCCGUGUCGGAUCACUGGCUCUCACGGCUCAGCGGGAGCAGCAAGAGGGAGAGCCUGGUGUCCCGGAGCUCCACAGCCUGCCCCUCCCUCCCGAAGGUCCCCGACUCGCCCGUCUUCCUCGACGCUGCAGCCAGCCAGGAGAAAGGAGGCUUUGAGUCGAGGCCCCUGGUGCGCGGCAUUCAGGGCCGCAGCAUCAGUAUGAAAGUGUCCCCCACCAAGACCAGACUGGGGGCCACCAAGCCAGUGCCCCUCCGCUGGUCCUUUGCCGCCAGAGACAAGCCGCAGGCUGCUUCCGGGGAGCUGGUGGAGUACCUGGAAUCUGGGCGCAGGCCCCGGUACACCAACGAGUCCAUCGUCCCCCUCAUGACAGGGGGCAGCGAGAACAACCCGGUGCCAGCGAGGCCUCCGCUGAACCCGGCCACGGCUGGGAAGGACCCAGGGGCCGGCGGGGCUGGUAGGGAGAGUGGGAAUUCCCCAGGUGCUGUGAGGGGUGCUGCAGAGAGCCAUGGCAAAGCACCGCCAGCCACCGAGAUGGCUGGGACCCUGAAGAGGAGCAGCAAACCAAAAGAGGAGGCGGGCCAGCCGCAGAGGACAUCCAAGAAGCUGGAACUGCCCGUCAACGCGGAGGCCCCCCGGAGAGCUGAGGAGCCAAAGACCAAUGGGAGCAAAGUGAGCUCCAAUGGGGCGGCCCACACGGGUACCCUGCCCCACCCACACCACUCCCUGAGGGCCAGAGGGGCACCGGGCAGGGACGGGGACCCCAACCAAAGAACCCCCACCAAGGCCGGGGAGCACGGCAGGGACAGGGACCCCGAGGCUGAGAGGCAGCCGGAAGGGAAGUUCACCAUCUUCAGGGCCGGCUUCCUGAAGAAGGAGCCCAAACGGCCUGAUGAGCCGGAGUGGCCCCACACCUCGGCACCAGCCAUGGGCUCCUCUCGGACGUCACUCUCCAACGGCACCCUGAGCAUCAUCAGCGAUGGCAGGGCCAACGGCACACUGGGCCGGCGGGGCAAGGAGGGCCAGGCCAACGGGAGGAUCAGCCGGUCCGAGGUGGACAUCAAGCACUCGCAGAGCUCCGCCAGCAUCCACAGCAAGGCCGACUGGGCACUGCGCAGAUCGGCUUCCCUCUACAAAAACGGCAGCAGCGGCCACCAGCACAGCCGCAGCGUGCCACUGGAGAAGGUGGCCUAUGGCACCUUGCAGAGGGUCAAGUACCACACGGCCUCCCUGGGCAGGAAGAAACCAGUGCCUGAAUCCAGCUUCUAACCCGGAGCUGCUGGUGGCUGGAGGAUGAGCACGGCAACCAGGGUCGGAGAGAGGAAACGGACAAACCCAGCGGGAGGCUGCAAGGGGCUGUGAUGUCCACUGAGGCCACGUUGGUCUGAUCUCUGGGUUCCCGCGUCCCACUGGUGCUGGGUCCCAUUCUCCUUCCCUAGGAUUGCUAAGGGAGCUGUCUCGUGCCGCGCCGCUGAUGCCUGGGCUCCCUGCACAAUCCAUGCCUUAACAGGACGGCACCCCGUGCAGGGCUGCUGAGAUCGGGGGCGGGGGACGAGCAGCGGGGAGAGCAGACGAAGAGUAUUUAUUCUAUACGUAGAGAGAGUUUUAUUCACUCAGCAUCAAUGAUGCUUUUUGUUUUGUAAAAGGCGACUAUUUUUCGUACCAAGGACGGGAUGGGGAUGGAAGGGGAGAAGCAGGGGAUCAUUUACGCACCAAGGUCUAUGCAAUAAUAAAGUCUUCUCCUGAGCUUU